GGGCAUGGAGGUGACCGAGCGAAAAAGCAGGCGGAGAGGGUCAGGGAUGAGCCCGGCUCAGAUGGGUGAUGCGUCUCCCAGGCCCCACCCGGUGGUGCGCCCGUUCAAUAUGUGGAGGGUCCCACGGCAGUGGCAGAAAUGGUUAUGGAUCCUGUACAGGAGUGGGGCCUCCUUGAUGAAGCUCAGAGACACUUGUACCAUGCUGUGAUGACGGAGAACUUUGCACUUGUGACCUCCCUAGGUUGUUGGCAUGGAGCCCAGGAUGAGGAGGCACCUUCUGAGCAAAGUGUUUCUGUAGGGAUGUCAGAGGUUGGGACUCCAAAGCCAGAUCCAUCCACCAAGAAGGCCCAGCCCUAUGAGAUGUGUGACCCACUGUCCAAAGACCUUUUGCACCUACCUGAGCAUGAUGGAAUGUACCCCGAUGAAGGGCUGUAUAUUUGUGGGGCAAACCUUUUCCAGCACCAGAAGGAGCAGAUUAGAGACAAACUUUCCAGAAGGGAUGAGGGGCAGCCUUCAUUUCUUACCAACAGCAGCAUUCACUCGGCAGAGAGGACCUUGACAUGCAGCAGAGAUGGAAAGGACUUCCCAGGCAGCAUAGGCCUUCUGCAGCAGCUGACCCCUCACAAUGCGGGGAAGCCACAGAGGGACACUGAGUGUGGGGAAGCUUUUGAUAGUAGGCAGAGUGAUUACAGGUGCACUCAGUGUGGGAAAGCCUUCCGUCAAAAACAGAUCCUUGUUGAGCACCAGAAAAUCCACACUGGUGUAAGGCCUUAUGAAUGCAGCAAAUGUGGGAUGGCCUUCAUUAGAAAGUUUCACCUUGUUCAGCACCAGAGAAUCCAUACUGGAGAAAGGCCUUUUCAGUGCAGUGAAUGUGGGAAAUGCUUUAGGUACAACUCCACACUCAUUAGUCAUCAGAGAGUUCACACUGGAUUGAGCCCUUAUGAGUGCAGCAAAUGUGGGGAAUUCUUCAAGUACAAUGCCAACUUCAUGAAACAUCAGAGAAAGGAUGAAGGGCAGCCUUCAUUUCUUACCAACAGCAGCAUUCACUCGGCAGAGAGGACCUUGACAUGCAGCAGAGACGGAAAGGACUUCCCAGGCAGCACAGGCCUUCUGCAGCAGCCGGCCCCUCACAGUGUGGGGAAGCCACACAAGGACACUGAGUGCAGGGAGGCCUUUGGUAGACGGAGUGAUUACAGGUGUGCUCACUGUGGGAAAGCCUUCAGCUGA